CGGGCCUUUCCUGCGGCGCACGCAGAUGACGUAAGCGCGCCACGAUUCUUCCCUGAAGCGCCCUUGCGAUACAUUUCACGAAUUUAGUGGUUUCUCCAGCAAGAGCAUCUGCAGAUGGCCCUCGUGCUUCGAUUUUACGUUCGCCCCUCUGACCACACGGGGGCAGGCUCUGAGCACAGUCUCCGGAGGCUGCAAGGGAAACUGCCGGAGCUGGAGAAUGUGGAGACUGAGCUGUGCUACAACGUGAACUGGACAGCUGAGGCCCUCCCAAGCGCUCAGGAGAUGCAGAAGCUAAAGUGGCUGUUCGGCUGCCCCUUGUUCCUGGAUGGCGUUGCUCAGGAGUCUUGGCUCCGUCCUGGCUCCAGUGACCUGCUGCUGGAGGUCGGGCCCAGGCUGAACUUCUCCACCCCAACAUCCACCAACAUUGUUUCCGUGUGCCACGCCGCUGGACUGGUGGCCGUGGACCGUGUGGAGCCCACCCGGCGCUAUCGACUCUCGUUUGCCCACCCUCCUUCCGCUGAGAUGAAGGCCGUGGCCUUGGCUGCCCUGCAUGACCGAAUGACAGAGCAGCACUUCCCCCACCCCAUCCAGAGCUUCCUCCCUGAGAGUAUCCCAGCCCCACUCAGUGGCCCCAUCGACAUCCUGGGAGAGGGUCGGUCUGCCCUGGAGAAGGCCAACCAGGAGCUAGGUCUGGCUCUCGACUCCUGGGACCUGGAUUUCUACACCAAGCGUUUCCAGGAGCUGCAGCGGAACCCCAGCACUGUGGAGGCUUUUGACUUGGCUCAGUCCAACAGUGAGCACAGCCGACACUGGUUCUUCAAGGGCCAGCUUCAUGUGGACGGGAAGAAGCUGACACACUCCUUGUUUGAAGCCAUCAUGAGCACCCAGGCAUCCUCAAACCCCAACAAUGUCCUCAAGUUUUGUGACAAUAGCAGUGCAAUCCAGGGGAAGGAAGUCCGAUUCCUGCAGCCUGAGGACCCCACGAAGCCAAGCUGCUUCCAACAACAGCAGAAGCUGAGGCAUGUUGUCUUCACAGCAGAGACGCACAACUUCCCUACAGGGGUGUCCCCCUUCAGCGGGGCAACCACAGGCACAGGAGGCCGAAUCCGCGAUGUUCAGUGCACAGGCCGCGGCGCCCACGUGGUGGCUGGCACUGCUGGCUAUUGCUUUGGAAACCUCUGCAUCCCAGGUUACUGUCUUCCCUGGGAGGAUCUGAGCUUCCAGUACCCUGGGAACUUUGCCCAGCCCCUGGAGAUUGCCAUUGAGGCCAGUAACGGGGCAUCUGACUAUGGCAACAAGUUUGGGGAGCCAGUCCUGGCUGGCUUUGCCCGCUCCUUGGGCCUCCAGCUCCCAAAUGGCCAGCGGCGAGAGUGGAUCAAGCCCAUCAUGUUCAGUGGGGGCAUCGGGUCCAUGGAGGCUGAGCAUGUGGGGAAGGAGCCCCCAGAGCCAGGGAUGGAAGUCGUGAAGGUUGGAGGUCCUGUGUACAGGAUUGGAGUUGGAGGUGGAGCUGCAUCAUCUGUGCAGGUACAAGGAGACAACUCUAGUGACCUAGACUUCGGGGCUGUGCAGCGAGGAGACCCAGAGAUGGAACAAAAGAUGAACCGUGUGAUCCGGGCUUGUGUGGAGGCCCCCAAGGGAAACCCCAUCUGUAGCCUCCAUGACCAGGGCGCAGGUGGCAAUGGCAACGUCUUGAAGGAGCUGAGUGACCCGGCAGGAGCCAUCAUUUACACCAGCCGCUUCCAGCUGGGUGACCCAACUUUGAAUGCUCUGGAAAUCUGGGGCGCUGAGUAUCAGGAGUCAAAUGCACUUCUGCUGAGGCCCCCCCACCGAGACUUCCUGAGCCGCGUCUGUGCCCGGGAACGCUGCCCGGUUUCCUUUGUGGGCACCAUCACUGGGGACAAGAGAAUAGUGCUGGUGGAUGAUCGUGAGAGUCCUGUGGGAACAAACGGCCGAGGGGAUUGCCCUGCAGCCCCUCCCCCAACCCCUGUGGACCUGGAGCUCGACUGGGUGCUGGGCAAGAUGCCUCGGAAGGAGUUCUUCCUUCAGAGGGAGCCCCCUGCGCUGCAGCCCCUGGCCUUGCCUCCUGGGCUGACUGUGCGCCAGGCUCUGGAACGGGUUCUGCGGCUUCCUGCCGUGGCCAGCAAGCGCUACCUCACCAACAAGGUGGACCGCUCGGUAGGUGGCCUUGUGGCCCAGCAGCAGUGUGUCGGGCCCCUGCAGACUCCACUGGCCGAUGUAGCCGUUGUGGCACUGAGUCAUCAGGAGCUUGUAGGGGCUGCCACAGCCCUGGGAGAGCAGCCUGUGAAGAGCCUGCUGGACCCCAGGGUCGCUGCCCGGCUGGCAGUGGCCGAAGCCCUUACCAACCUGGUGUUUGCCCGGGUCACUGACCUCCGAGAUGUGAAAUGCAGUGGGAACUGGAUGUGGGCAGCCAAGCUUCCAGGCGAGGGUGCAGCUCUGGCCGAUGCCUGUGAGGCUAUGGUGGCAGUGAUGGCAGCUCUGGGUGUGGCGGUGGAUGGUGGCAAGGACUCCCUCAGCAUGGCUGCCCGGGUGGGCUCUGAGACGGUGCGGGCUCCUGGGGCACUGGUCAUCUCAGCCUAUGCUGUCUGUCCAGACAUCACAGCCACUGUGACCCCAGACCUCAAGCAUCCUGGAGGAAGAGGCCGCCUCUUGUACGUGCCUCUGAGCCCUGGGCAGCACCGGCUGGGGGGCACAGCUCUGGCCCAGUGCUUCUCCCAGCUUGGGGAGCAGCCUCCUGACCUGGACCUUCCUGAGAACCUGGUUCACGCCUUCAGCAUCACACAGGGGCUGCUGAGAGACCGCCUCCUCUGCUCAGGCCACGAUGUCAGUGAUGGAGGACUUGUCACCUGCCUGCUGGAGAUGGCCUUUGCUGGAAACUGUGGGCUAGAAGCGGAUGUGCCUGCCCCUGGGGUGGAUGCACUGGCAGUGCUGUUUGCUGAGGAGCCAGGCCUGGUGCUGGAGGUGCAGGAGCCCGACGUGCCCGGAGUGCUACAGCGCUACCAGAGUGCUGGCCUCUGCUGCCUGGACCUGGGCCACACGCGUGAGGCUGGGCCCCAUGCCCUGGUCCGGGUCUCAGUGAACGGGGUCGUGGCUGUGGAGGAGCCUGUCGGGCAGCUGCGAGCCCUCUGGGAGGAGACGAGUUUCCAGUUGGACCGGCUGCAGGCGGAUCCUCGCUGCGUGGCAGAGGAGGAGCAAGGCCUAAAGGAGCGGACGGGGCCCAACUACUGCUUACCGCCGGCCUUCCCCAAGGCCUCCGUGUCCCGGGAGCCUGGUGGCCCCAGCCCCCGAGUGGCCAUCUUGAGAGAAGAGGGCAGUAAUGGAGACCGGGAAAUGGCUGAUGCUUUCCACCUGGCUGGCUUUGAGGUGUGGGAUGUGACCAUGCAAGACCUUUGUUCUGGGGCCAUCGGGCUGGACACGUUCCGUGGUGUGGCCUUUGUGGGUGGCUUUAGCUAUGCCGAUGUCCUAGGCUCCGCCAAAGGGUGGGCAGCUUCCGUGACCUUUAAUCCAAAGGCCAGGGCCGAGCUGAGUCGCUUCCGGAAGCGGCCGGACACCUUCAGCCUGGGGGUGUGUAAUGGCUGCCAGCUGCUGGCUCUUCUGGGCUGGGUAGGAGAUGACACCAGGGAAGAGGCAGGGGCAGUGGGCCAGGACUCCUGGCCUCCCCAGCCCAGCCUCCUGCUGUGCCACAACCUGUCUGGGCGCUACGAGUCUCGCUGGGCCAGUGUCCGUGUGGGGCCUGGGCCGGCCCUGAUGCUUCGAGGGAUGGAGGGCGCGGUGCUGCCCGUGUGGAGUGCCCAUGGAGAAGGUUACAUGGCGUUUUCUUCUCCACAACUCCAGGCCCAGAUGGAGGCCAGCGGGUUGGUUCCUUUGCACUGGGCAGACGAUGAUGGGAACCCCACAGAGCAGUACCCUCUGAAUCCCAAUGGGUCGCCAGGGGGUGUGGCUGGCAUCUGCUCCCGUGACGGCCGCCACCUGGCUCUCAUGCCUCAUCCCGAGCGAGCUGUGAGGCCUUGGCAGUGGGCAUGGCGACCCUCUCCGUUUGACGUGCUCCCUACCUCCCCCUGGCUGCAGCUCUUCAUCAAUGCCCGGGACUGGACCCAGGGAGGCUGCUAGGCCUGCUGGGAGGCGCCUGCCUGCUCCUCGGUGCCUGAGCAGUGCUGCCCUCCCCACUGCAUGCUCCUCGUCACCUUCAGGAGCUCUGCACAUGAUUCCCAGACACCUCUUGGACAGACAGGGACCAAAGUGCCGGUCCAGUUGCUGCUCAAAUGCUGGGCCAAUUGCCUUUUCUGCCUGCUUGAGCUCUGCGGAGCUAAGCUGUUCUCAGGGCUUCUCUGCUGUGGGGCUGGCCUCCUCACACCAGGGAGCAGGCCAGGACUCUGAAGAAGGAGGCUGCGGGCCAGGUUAGGGUUCGGGGGAUCAGCAGGGGCUCCCUUGGCCUUGCUUCGCUUCCCCAUCAUCACCUGCGUCUCGUUCCCUCCUUGGGGCGCUGAGGGAUGUUUCAUGUCCCCCUCUGUCUUGUCAUAGGGCUCAGAGUCUGGACAGCAUGUAGAUUAGCCUCUUCUGAAAACAGCAGGAGCUUCCUCAAUUCCUUUUGAAGUGUGCAAUCCUAUUCUAGAGCUGUAUUACCUGAGCAUGUCUGGUGCUGUCUGCAGUGUGCUGUCCUAGGUGUAAAGGAUGCUGUUGUCUCUGACACGGUCUGGCCUUGUGUCGGGCUCUGAGCUCAAUAUCUCGGUGUGUGAUUCUCCUAACUUCGCUGCUCCUUGGUUCCAAGAAGGGUGCCCUCGGUGUAUUGGUCUCACCUUAUCAUUCUUUUUAUUUUUUUGGUUUUUUUUCUUUUUUAUCGGUACCAGGGAUCGAACUCACGACCACCUGCUUGCAAGGUGGGUGCUUGUGCCACUGAGCUAAAUCCCAGGCCCUCCACCUUAUCAUUCUUUUUUUUUUUUCUUUUUUAUUGGUACCGGGGAUCAAACUCACAACUGCCUGCUUGCAAGGCAGGUGCUUGUGCUGCUGAGCGAAAUCCCUAGCCCCCCACCUUAUCAUUCUUUUUUUUUUUUUUGUCUUUUUCCUUUUUAUCGGUACCGGGGAUUGAACUCACGACCGCCUGCUUGCAAGGCAGGCGCUUAAGCCGCUGAGCUAAAUCCCCAGCCCCCGCAUCUUAUCAUUCGUGCCCCUUGGUGUUUUUUCUGCCAAGCAGUGGCAUUGCUCUUCAGGAAUUUAUGGUCUAACAGCAUUUAAAGUAAUACGCUGAGCAUAGUGGGACUGCCUCUAAUUUCAGCACCCAGAGACCAAGGCAAAAGGUUGCUGCAAGUUUAAGGCCAGCCUGGACUAUAAUACAAGACCCUGUAUCCAGCUAUUUUUUUUUUUUUAAAUACCUGUAUAUAGCACCACUGAGCCAAGAAGGUACACACUUAUUUUUUUCUCCUCUACCUGGGAUCAAACCUAGAACUUUCUCUUGGGCAGGGGAUAUAGCUCAGUGGCAUAAGCGCCUGCCUGGCAAGCGUGAGGUCAUGAGUUCAAUCCCCAGUACCAUUAAAAAAAAAAAAAAAAAAAAAAAAAAAAAAAGGUUAGUACAACAAUUAUAAGGGGCUGGGGAUUUAGCUCAGUACCUGCCUUGCAAGCAGGCAGUCGCGAGUUCGAUCCCUGGUACCGAUAAAAAAAGAAAAAGACAAAAAAAAAAAAAAAAAAAAAUUAGAACUUUCUCACUGAGCUACAUCCUUUGCCUUUAAAAAAAUUUUUUUGGCAGGUGUGGUACACGCCUGCAAUCCCAGCAUUUGGGAGACUGAAGCCAAAAGUUAACCAAAAGUUCAAGGCUAGCCUGGGCCACAUAGUGAGUUCAAAACCAGCCUGAACUACACAGCAAGACCCUGUCUCAAAAAAAAAAAUUUUUUUUUUUUUUCAAUUUUGAGACAAGGUCUUGCUAAAUUACCCAGCCUGGACCUGAAUUUGCAAUCCUCCUGUCUCAGCCUCUCAGAGUGCUGGAUUAAGGUACAUGCCAACAUGCCACGCUUUUUCCUUCUUUUUUUCUUUUGAAUUAAGGUUAAGUACAUAGGGUUUGUUUGGUUUUCUGUUUUCUGUUUGGUUUUCUGAGGCAGGGUCUGGUCGUAUAGUUUAGCCCUGCCUUGCACUCACUGUGUGACCCAGGCUGGCCAUAAACUUACAGCAGUCUUCCUGCCUCGGCCUCCUAAGCGCUGGGAUUUAAAGUGCUGAGGGUUGGUCAGACACCUUGAAUGACUGCGGGGUCCCUGCUCGCCCACUCCCUGCUGCCUGGAGCAGCAUCCGCAGGCUUUCUUGCUGCCUGCUCUCCUCAGCGCCUCUUGCCUCUGCUCAUAUAAGUGUGUAGAGCUUGCUUCCUCGUGAUGGUUCUGUGGUGUAACUGCAGUCAGUCGGCUCCCCGGAAAGGGACUUCUGGAUUAAAGCAAUUUCCCUGGAAA